GUAUUUUCUUUGGUGUUAAUCUGUCACUCGGGUCUGACGUUCUGCGAUCCAACAAACACCGAUGUCUCGCAUAUUCUUGCUGAUAUAUGCAGCUGCCGCUGCUCUCUUCACGAGCAAUUUUGGCGCGCUUGCCCAGCUGGGGCUUCAGAAUGCCCUGCUUUCCUCGCUAGAUCGAGAUGUGACUCCCCCACCGUUCCCAACUGUAAAUGUACAAUUGGACGAGGCGCCGCCUUCGGACGAGAAGGAAACAGAUCUAGCAAGAGUUAUUCGAGACGAUAAUGCUGCACAGAGAAGAAUGAGGGACGCCUUUGUUGCAAGGAGACGGGCAUUCCAGGCGCUGAUGAGCGACCAGCAGGAAUCAGUCCAGUUUUUGCGAGACCUAGGAGAGGCAUCGAAGAAUUUGGUCUGAAGCAUCUGCUCUUUGCAAAUAUCGGCCUCCCUGUGGUUACACCACCUCCGCACCUCCGCAGGAGAUAAUAUCUGGCAUUGGUGGCACAGGACAACGUUUCGCGGAUUCUCGGCAAAC